UCGAACCCUUUCAACAUAAGCUGUUGGAUGACGUUUUAUUUGAUGGUGAUGAGUACGGAAUGGAAACUUUAGAAGAGUUCAUGGAUGAAACCACAGAAAAUGCCACUCGUCAAGAAAUUUUUGAACGUAGUGACAGUGCUAUCUUUGAAAAAUCGGUAUCUUCUGUUGAUUUCAACGAAUCUGACCUGCAGCAGGAAGAUCUAAGUAACAAUGCUAUCGUUGCAAAACCGCUAUUGUCUGAAGAUUUAAAUUCAUAGCGUGUCGACAAUUGGCCUCCGUUGAUACGCUAGAACAAAUCGGCCAUUCAUCUCCCAUCAUAUCUCUACUGCAAACUGUACAAAGUCGGGGAAAACACUUGACUCGCAGUUGCGGUAUGCGUUACUCCAGGUGUGAAAGAGAAAUAUUUCUAUACAAAUUCAUACAGCAAGGACCGGAAGCCUAUAAAUUUUUAUAUGCGAAUACUCCAUGUCCAAGCAUUAGAACAUUGCAACGUGAUCUCCAGAAGCGAUCUGAAUUAAUCGAAGAGGGAAAAAUUAGAGUUGAGGAGCUUAAAGCUUACUUGAAAAGAAACAAUCUACCAAUGGUUAUUGUUUUGAGCGAAGACGCCACAAAAAUAAACGGUGCACUUGAGUAUGACUCCACCAAGAAUAAAGUUUGCGGUUUAGUAGCUCCUUUAGAUUGCAGCGGAAUACCACAGUGUGGUUUAUUUGAAGUGAAAACCCCUAAAAAACUAAUUUCUGAUGUCCAAAAAUACCCCACUGGACGCAAUGUUGUGGUAACCAUGGCACAGCCACUAACAUUAACAGCGGCGCCUUUUUGCUUACAGUAUUUUUGUACAGAUAAUAAGUUCACGAGUGCUCAAGUACGCACCAGAUGGAGUGUCAUAAAAAAUAAGUUGAUCGACGUUGGUAUAAGGAUUAUAGCGAAAUCGACAGACGGCGAUCCACGUUAUAUCACUGGUAUGAAAGAAGAUAUGUGUAUUCCUACAAUCACUGACAACCCUUAUGGAGAAAGUUUCGUCGCAUCAUGCAACACCGAUGAUAUUUGCGUGCAAGAUCCAACGCAUACGAUCAACAAGUUCAGGACUAGGUUAAUGCGGCGUGACAAACAGCUUAUUAUUGGUAAGCAUCAAAUUACUCGUACGCACCUCGAAGAUCUUAUUCGUACGGUGUCAAAAGAUAAACAUGGAUUGUCAUUGGGUGAUUUGAAUGAAGACGACAAGAUGAAAUUCCAACCAGUUCUAAAAAUUACUAAACCAGCUGUACUUCACUGGAUGAAACAAUCCGUUGCAGCAAGUCAAGCAACUGUUCUGUAUUUAACGAUGAUGCGAUCAUUCAUGUGUGCAUUUAUGGACUCGUCUGUAUCACCUACGGAUGCUGUUUUCAAAUGCUGGUAA